AUGUCGAACCCCUACUACGGCCAAGGGCAGCCCAACGGCUAUAACCCAGCAGGUAACUCUGGCGGAAGAUACGAGCCCGACUACACCCCCGCCAACAACAACAACAACAACAACAACAACAACUACGCGCCAUCGCCGGACAUGAGCAACGGCAGACGCUACGACCUCGAACCCCGGACCCGGCGCGACCACCGCAAAGCCCCCCCGCUACGCCUCGAGCAGCAGCUCAGGCUCCUCGUCCGAAGACGAGCGCCCGGCCCACCGCUCCGCGAAGAAGGGCGCCGCCCACAAGGAUCCGUCGUCGUCGUCGUCGUCGUCGAACCGGCUCGACAAGGCCAAGGAGCGUUUCUCGACGUCGGACCGGGGGGUCGGCGCGGGCAUGAUCGGCGCGGUGGCGGGGGCCGUCAUCGCGCAGGAGGCGGCGCAGAGGAAUGGGAAGGGCAGUAUUGGGGCGACGAUUGCGGGGUUGGUGCUUGGUGGCUUGGCGGGGAAUGCGUUGGAGAGGGGGUAUGA